AGGAGUGGGAAAACAAGUCAUACCCACAACAGACACGGUUCUGCUGGCAAAAAGCUCCAUGUAGUUUCUGCCAGUUUAGCGAAACCCUUUGGCUUAUAUUGUUUAUUCCAUUCAAGGAAGAGGCUUGGCUACCCCUUCCCUGCCAUGUGCCUUCUUCUCCAGCCCCGCUGAAGCUGUGUCUCAGCGAGUGGGGUUUGCUGAGAGAGUGCUGCCACCGCCGCAGUGCCUUUCAAGUACUGGUAAGCCAUUAGAAGGAGCUGCCAUCAUCUCAGAUCUUAAUCUGUUUUAGCAGAUAAAGAGGAAAAUGCUAUCAGAGGAGAUGGAGAUAUCAUUUGGGUGCAGAAAUCGCAUGAAAAGAAGAACGCGAGUUGUGUUAGAAGUGCCAAAACCUCUGAUGAGUUUCCUUGGGACUUGUCAGUUUUCGUGCACCGACUCUGCUUUCUCCGUGACAUGUUUUGCCUGGAGGCAGCAGUAAGCCAUCAAAAUAUAACAGGAUAUCCUGCCACGCAAGGGCGAAGAUCUUAAGGAUCCAGAUCUCCCAAGGCUGUGGCUGGCUGAUGAAUCCUGUGGAGCCUGCCCUGGGAAUGGACAUCCACCUCCAUUUCUGGAGGAGAGUAAUGCCAAUUGAAGAAGCCUUCAAGGCGAGCCAACAAGUGUGCUGAUACUCUCGGAAAAGCAAAGGGAAGGGACGACCUUCCAGGCCAACAGCCAUGCCUUUCGGGCUGAAACUACGACGGACCAGACGCUACAAUGUCUUGAGCAAGAACUGCUUUGUGACACGGAUCCGUCUGCUGGACAACAAUGUCAUCGAGUGCACCCUCUCUGUGGAGAGCACGGGGCAGGAGUGCUUGGAAGCUGUUGCUCAGAGGCUGGAAUUACGUGAGACACACUACUUUGGCCUUUGGUUUCUCAGCAAGAGCCAGCAACCCCGCUGGGUUGAACUGGAAAAGCCUCUGAAGAAGCAGCUGGACAAGUUUGCCAAUGAGCCUUUGCUUUUCUUUGGGGUAAUGUUCUACGUGCCCAGUGUUUCCAGACUGCAGCAGGAGGUAACAAGAUACCAAUAUUACCUACAAGUGAAAAAGGAUAUUCUUGAUGGCCGAUUGCGUUCUUCAUUGGAGCAGGGAAUUCGACUUGCUGGUUUAGCAGUGCAAGCGGAUUUUGGAGACUAUAAUCAGUUUGAAUCUCAUGACUUCCUCCGAGAAUAUGUCUUGUUUCCUAUGGACUGGACCCAAGAUGAAGCUGUCUUGGAAGAGUUGACGCAAAAGGUUGCACAGGAACACCGAACUCAUAGUGGCAUUACAGCGGCAGAGGCUGAGUUAAUGUACAUCAAUGAAGUGGAACGCCUUGAUGGAUUUGGACAGGAAACUUUCCCUGUGAAGGAUAAUCAUGGAAACGACAUACACCUUGGUAUUUUCUUCAUGGGAAUCUUCAUAAAAAACAGAAUUGGAAGGACAACUGUGAUCUAUAGGUGGAAUGACAUUGGGAAUAUUGCACAUAACAAGUCUUCGAUUGUUCUAGAGUUGAUCAACAAAGAAGAGAAUGUGCUUUUUCACACAGAUGAUCUUGAAAAUGCCAAAUAUAUUUCACGGCUGUUUGCAGCAAGACAUAAGUUUUACAAACAGAACAAGAUCUGCACAGAACAAUCAAAUUCCCCUCCCCCUAUCCGACGACGACCCACUUGGAGUAGAUCGUCUUUGCCAAGGCAACAUCCAUUUAUACUGCCUCCUAUGCAUGUCCAGUGUGGAGAACACUACACUGAAACACAUAAUUCGCAAGACAGCAUUUUCCAUGGAAAUGAAGAAACUUUCUACUGUAGGUCUCAGACCAGCUUGGACAGGUGUCCGGUGGACUUCAGCUACUUGAAUGGUAAUGGACCCAAUGGGAGCGUAUGCAGUGCACACAGCAUGAACUCCCUCAAUCGCUCACAGAACUUCAUCCAGGCAUCCCCAAUGUCCUCAAAUCUGAGCAUCCCUGGAAGUGACAUCAUGAGAGCAGACUACAUCCCCAGCCACAGACAUAGUGCAAUCAUAGUGCCAUCCUACCGGCCAACUCCGGAUUAUGAAACCGUCAUGAGGCAAAUGAAGAGGGGGGUGAUCCAGAUGGAUAGCCAAAGUCAGUCUUUGAGAAAUCUCAACAUUGGAAACACACAUGCUUAUAACCAGCCAGAAGACCUAGUUUACAGUCAGCCUGAGAUUCGAGAGAGGCAUCCUUACACAGUUACUUACGGGCCCCAGGGUGGAGGCUAUAACAAGCCUGUUGCCCCGUCUGACCAAAUGACCCCUAAUAAUGCUGUGCAAAAUAAGACAGCAGCCAGUGCCAUAUCACACACAGUCAGCACGCCAGAACUGGCUAACAUGCAGCUACAGAGCAACCAGAAUUACAACACUGCUCAUAUGUUAAAGAACUAUCUCUUCAGGCCCCCGCCUCCGUACCCACGCCCACGUCCCGCCACUAGUACACCUGACCUGGCAAGCCACCGGCACAAGUACGUCAGCGGGAGCAGUCCUGACCUGGUCACACGCAAAGUCCAGCUCUCAGUGAAGACGUUCCAAGAGGACAGCUCGCCGGUUGUCCGGCAGUCACUGCAGGAGGUCAGCGAGCCCCUCAUGGCAGUGAAACAUCAUGCAGCUGUGAACAAGCGCCAUAGCUUGGAGGUCAUCAGCAAUAUGGUACGUGGUAUAGAAGCCAUGGCACUAAAAACUUUAAACGCCCCUCUGCCACGCAGGAACACUUUGCGGGAGCAGGUGCAGCCAGAAGAGUCGGUUCAGAUGGGGCACGAAGUUCAGCAGGUUCCUCAUUACCAUCACAAAAAGACAUUCUCUGAUGCCACGAUGCUGAUACAUAGCAGCGAAAGUGAAGAGGAAGAAGAAACCACAGAGUCUGUGUCACAGAUAACAGCCCUCCAUGAGAACAUGGAGUACAGUGCUCAGCUGCAAGCUGCCUUGGCUAGAAUACCAAACAAACCUCCUCCAGAAUACCCUGGGCCUCGUAAAAGUGUCAGCAAUGGAGCCCUGAGGCAGGACCAUGUUAGCAUUUCUGUGGCCGUAGCCAGGGCCAAGGCCAUGAGGCCGGGGCCUUCCAAGGCCAUUAGUGUAUCUCGGACUGAUCAAGUGGCAAUAAAUGGGUCUUCGCUCGGGCCCUCUAUCUCAGAGCCUGACCUCACAAGUGUGAAGGAGAGGGUCAAGAAAGAACCUGUCAAAGAAAGGCCUGUGUCUGAAAUGUUUUCUAUUGAGGACAGCAUUAUAGAGAGAGAAAUCAUGAUGAGGAAUCUAGAAAAGCAGAAGAUGGCAGGCCUGGAGGCCCAGAAGAGGCCCUUGAUGUUGGCAGCACUGAACGGACUCUCAGUUGCUAGGGUUCCAGUGCCGGAGGAUAGCCAGGAUGAAGCAUCCAAGAUGCCAAUGGAUGAGAGGUGCAAGAACCUGAAGAGGAAGCUGGAAGAGGGGAUGGUGUUUACAGAAUAUGAGCAGAUUCCAAAGAAGAAGGCAGAUGGAAUCUUCACCACUGCUGCCUUGCCUGAAAACACAGAGCGCAACCGCAUCAGGGAGGUCGUUCCUUAUGAGGAGAACCGAGUAGAGCUGGUGCCGACCAAAGAAAAUAACACAGGCUACAUCAAUGCUUCACACAUAAAGGUUACUGUAGGUGGAGAAGAGUGGCACUACGUUGCUACCCAAGGACCUCUGCCACACACGUGCCAUGACUUCUGGCAGAUGGUGUGGGAACAGGGGGUGAAUGUUAUAGCCAUGGUCACAGCUGAAGAGGAGGGAGGAAGAAGUAAGAGUCAUCGUUAUUGGCCUAAACUGGGCUCUAAGCACAGCUCAGCCACUUACGGGAAGUUCAAGGUGACAACUAAGUUCCGCACAGACUCCGGCUGCUACGCGACCACUGGUCUGAAGGUCAAGCAUCUUCUCUCUGGGCAGGAGAGGACAGUGUGGCAUUUGCAGUAUACUGACUGGCCAGACCAUGGUUGUCCAGAAGAAGUCCAAGGGUUUUUAUCUUACUUGGAGGAGAUACAGUCAGUGCGUCGCCAUACCAACAGCGUGCUGGACAGCAGCAACAACUGCAACCCUCCCAUUGUGGUUCACUGCAGCGCGGGGGUAGGAAGGACUGGCGUGGUUAUCCUAACAGAACUGAUGAUUGGGUGCUUGGAGCACAAUGAAAAAGUGGACGUCCCUGUGAUGCUGAGACACCUGCGGGAGCAGAGAAUGUUUAUGAUCCAGACCAUAGCCCAGUACAAAUUUGUCUAUCAAGUGCUCAUCCAGUUCCUGCAAAACUCCAGACUUAUUUAAUCUCUUAAAACAUCCCAGGCCCAUCUUUGUGGAUCUGACUGAACCAUACCUACGAACAAGGGGAACAGCCUUGACAACACUGUGUGCAUAUAUUGCACUUUUUAAAGUUGUCUUGAAAGUAAGGAAUGUAUGUUCUUUACUAUAGUGUCCCAUGGAUUAUUUUAUAGAAGAUAUAAUUUAUUUUUCUUAGAAUAAUUUGUGAAUUACUUUAAUAACUUGUAAAACUUAUAGUGAGCUUUGAAUUGAACUAUAUUUGACAUGACUGGUCUGCAUUGUAACAUGUCCAUAGGGAAAGCAAUCCUUCAUAAAGCUAAAAUGCUGGCUUUAAUUUUACUACAUAGUUUCUGAAAUGAACAGUUAUUUGGCAGUGGGCUUUUUCUCACAUAAGAACAUUCUGACCCGGAUAAGUGGCUAAUCAUAGAUUUAAAAAAAAAAAAAAAAAAACAGAAGAAGAAAAAAUAAUUGCUAGAUGUCAGCUACAGUUCUGUAUGAGUGGAAGCUGAGAACGCACAGUCCUGGGACAGGGAGACCUGAGCAUACGCAGCAGGGCACAUUAUAGAGGGCUCAAACACAGGCCGUUGUGAGGGCAGAGAGUUUGGGUGUUAAACUGUUCAAAUUCCAUGAGAAUUAAGUUUUUAGAUUAGUCCUUGAAAAAAGCAAUAUUGGAUCUUUUAAACAAAGCCUUUGCUAUUAUCUGCAGUCCUUGGAGGGAUUCGUAAGAGCUGAAGCAGUGUUAGAAAACUGACCCAGAGCACUGUGAGGUCAGUGAAUGAGUCUUUCCUGUGGGUUGAACAGCAGAGCAAUUUCAACUAAAUGCAGCUUAAAAAAAAUAAUUAAAAAAAAAAAAAAGAAGCAUCUCCUGAUGAACUGCACAGGAAGUUUUAUUGCCUAGAGGCUCACCUUGUGUAGUGUAGAAAAGGAACCCCAUACAAGUUGGACAUCUCCUGUCACCUGUCUUAGUUUCCUGUGUCUUCAUUGCUGUAGUUGUUUUGUUUUCUAGUUCUUUGAACUUAGUCAAAAUGAUCAGUGUGGUCUUUACUCUGUAGCUGAGUUCCCUAAAUAGUGAUCCUUGAGGGCUUUAGCUUACAGCCUUUCUUGAUUCUUCCCCCAUCACUGUCGUGUGGUUUAUGAACAUACCAAGCAGUCUUCCGUUUGGUAUUGGCAGCCCUCGCUUUGUUAGGGUGUUCUCUGUAUUAAAUUGCACAUACCAGCUCUCUUAGACUGCUGUUUCCAUGUCUGGUCAUUUUGGGUUCUCCCUCCUAUUUAUUAUAACUAUUUUAUUCUGGCAGUUUUCAGGGAUUCCAGUUAGGACUAGAAAUCUGCUCUGCCAGAUGCUGUAUAAAUACAUAAUGGAGAAACAGUCCUUGCCUGACGUUUACAAUCGGAACAGAAAAGGGAAACAAACCUCCUCCACUUCAUAACUGGAUUAACAGAUUCUUAAGCGGUUUGCCGGAGUCCAAAAAUGAAAUCUGUGGCAGAGCUAAGAACAAACCCAUGUGUCCUGCAAGUAUUUCAGCAGUUGGACCUGUCCUCUGCUCUCUCAUUUUCUGUCCCUCAGCGUUGACCAGAGGUUUUUGCACAACUUUGUGCACAUCCCUUUCUGCACACUGUUUAUUUCAUUGGAGCAAAUCACACUAUGAACUACCUUGCAGCAUAUGCAUGGUAGCAUUCACUUACAGUUAUUUAGAAGUGAUAGAAACUGUAUUUAAAGGGCUUUUUUGUUUUUGGAAAAAGCUUUACCAAGUUGUGCUGGGGUUCCCACACUGUUACUUCUGGCGUAGGAGAUGGAAAGUUCCUGUGCUGGGGUUGCUCCACUCCUGAUGCUGGCUCCUCAUUCUCUUUGCGCUGCCCCCUCCUGCCAACAGUGCUGCUCCCAGCUGGCUGCUUUGACCCGGCGCUCUGGGUGAGUCAGGCUGCAAAGGAGCCCUGGCACUCUCAGCUCCUAGCCCUGAGCCCCACAGGGCUAACCUCGGUGCUGGAUCAGCUUGCCACGGCCAGGCAAAUUUCAAAAAUAUCCAAGGGUGGAGAUUCUGCAGCCUCUCUGGGCCCCAGUCACAGUGUAGUUACUCUGUCAUGGUGAAAUGAUUUUUCUACAUAUCCCUUCCCAGGUAAAUUUCAUCUUUUAGUCCCUCGCUGCUUUUCCUUUGUACCCCUACCUCUGAACCCCUGGCCUCCCAUCCUUAUCUGUUGACUCUUCCCUGGAGUCAACAUUUCAACCCCUUGCACCCAAGAUCACUCUUCUCCUUUUCCAGAAUCCCCACUUCUUCCGUGCAUGCUUUGUCCUCUUCUGCCAGGGGUUUUGCAUCCCCUUAAUCCCCCCUUAGUUGAUGCCCUGUCUUUAUAGCAUCCCACAGCUUGGACAAGAUGAACAAGCUGGUGUUCUGGUUUUGUCUCCCAACUUCCUACUGUGUUUCUCUUUCCUGAAUGAGUCUUCCUGUCUUCUGAGGAUACAGCUGUUACAUGGUGGCGUUAUGUGAACUGCAGUCAUCUGCCUUUCUGCAAAGAUCAGCUGCAGCAGCAGGUGGGACAGGUCAAGCCAAGUAUUGUUGAAGGCCAUGGGACAGCAGUUCCCAGCUCCAGUAUCACUCAGGUGUGUCCUAAAACCUACUGUGGAAACACAGACUGCAAUCUGGAAAGACUGCAGUGCAUUUUCUCUUUAUACAACAGUCAGAAUUACUCUGCACGUUUGUGGGCAUCUCACACUGAAGCUUUUCUGUAAUUUCCCUCCUACUGCUUGGCAGCAAAAUACUGCUUUUUUUCUUGUUCUGAAUGCACGUGGCCAAGCUGUAACUAGCUUUAAGUUGAGUUUAAAGGCCUAAGUUAACGAGCACUCUCAACUUUGGGAUCACUAAAGGGACCCACACACCUACUUUUCCGUAAAAUCAGCAGGAACUUAAUCUAAGGCCAUGUACCAGAGCGCUUCCUAAAUUCAUGUAAAAGUCCACUGUGUGUGUUUGGUGCUAUGCAAUAGGGGUGUAAUGAUGGGACAACAAUUCUAGUAGAGGCUUCCAGCAACCAACACAUGGUUAAGAGUUAUUUAGGUGUAAUAUCUCAACCGUGUUCCUCUUAGGGAUCAGUUGAGUUUUCCAUCAACUUCAGUUUUCCUCUAUUUCCUUCUGCCAAUGCCAACAUAUCUCUUGUUAAAUUAGCAGCAACCAUUUAAAGUCUUUUCAGCAGCAUCUGCAUGAUAAUUGCACAGAGAUGCUUUAUAUCUGGGAAACAAGCCAAGGAAUAAACCUUGAAGCAAAGUGUAUUAAAUUAGUUAUCUCGUUAUAGCUUUUUGAAUAAUUUCCUAAUGAUGAAUUAAGUUUGAACUCAGAGCUGUCAAGUCCCAUUGCACCACUUGGAUUUGAGAGGUAGAAAGUCAGGAGGGGAAAUAAUCUGUUCCUGUGUCUUGUUAUUCAGCUGUUCUUGGCUGAAGCGCAUCCUACUGUUCCUGCAGUUGGGACAGAAAAGUUACUUCAUAAAAGAAUGUAAAUAGCUGCGUUUAAAAGGAAAAUUAAGCAAGCGCCUUCUAUGCAAAGAUACAUCACAGGUGUCUUAGAAAAAUAUUAAUUAUGAAAUGGCACCAAAAAUCCUUUCCAAAUUAAGUCAGUGCCCAUUAAUGAGCCAAAUAAGCGGCCACCUAGUAAACAGUCAUUUCCAAUUAACUCAUAACGUGGCUGGUGUGGUAGAUAGAGGCCAAUGUGACUCACUUUUUCCCUUUCAUUGUCAAAGAAUGGUAAUUUUAAACUUUUCCUUUCGUCUCACUUCAAUGUAUUUUUUCCUGCUAGAUUUUAUCUUGAGUAGAUCUGCUAAUAUCCUACGUGAAUUGGGCUGGAGCAUAUCUUCAGAGGUUCCCUUCCACCCCAGCUCGCAGCCGAACCUCAGCAUGCCAAUGGGUUGUGAGUGAAAUGUGAUCCACUUCUGUAGGGGAAAAUCUGAACCUCCUGACUUUCAACCUGUUGUAGGUUUAUCAGUCCUAAACCGCUUGGGCAGCAUUUCCUAACCUCUUAGGGAGUGACAGGAAAAUGCAUAUUGUAUCCAAUUUUGUUAGUCAUAGCAGGAAUGAAUGUGUGAGGCUUAAAGCAACAGUACUGUUGACCCACAGACCUAACAGAGGAGUCCUUCAGCAGGAGACAUUUUGAGUUACUGUUGGUUCCAUACUUCUUAGCCUCAAAGCAUGACUGUGGGUAGGUUACAAGAGAACAGUCUCAUCCAUUUUGAGUGGUUUGGAUUGAAAAUCUUGCAGAAAUGUGUCAGUUUCAAAAAAAAACAAAAAAAAAGGAGCUUCACCUUAAAAAAAAAAAAAAAGUUGGAAAUGGCAGUCUUCUCCAAGGUUCCCAUGUUGCAGUCUGGCGUGCUUAGCCUACACUCCCCAGCUUAUUUUCUAAGAAAGAACUUGGAGUGGAUGAGUAAGUGUGACUUGGGAAUUCAUUGCGUGUAUUUUCCCUUUCAUGUACUUUUAAUCUAUAUUUAGUUUUGCAAUUUGACAGCUUUUUUCCUUUAAACCUUUAACAAUGGUGGUAUUGAGGCUGCUGGCAUCAAAUUCUUCUUUAAAGUUAUGGUCAGAGCAUUUCAUGCCUAACAAUAUCUGGAUCAAGGAUGGGAGAGAUGAUGGCUGAAUUCUGUUGCUGCUCACCAAGUCUGCUCAGUGCUGCAGAGCUCCUUUUUCUGUCCUCCACGGGCUGCAUGGAGGAUGGUGGAGCUCGGCGUGCUUUGGCAUCUCUUGUCCUUGCUCAGCUGAGGUAAGAUGAGGUUUGAUCCCGCAAACCCUCUCCUAUUAUAGAGGUGUAUAGGGACCCCAAAUACUCAGCCCUAUUGGAAAUAGCUUUUCCCUAAACUAGUGUUUCAGGUGAAGGACACACCUGUGAGAAUUUAUUCAACCUAUUGCUAAUGCAGUCCUUUAUAAGAAGUAUAUUGAAGGACACUUGUUCCGUUUAUUUAAAUCACUUGCCUCAAUUGCAAAUAUUAAAUAUUUGCAUGAUUUCAAGAGCUUUUUUUAAUUACUUCUUUCUCGUAAACAGACAAAUGCAAAUGGCAAACGACAGGUUGGAAAGGAAUGAGCAAGUGUCCCUGCUUCUAAUUGAGAAGGUUAUUUUAAGCUAAUACAUUAUUUUUCAUCCAGUACUUGCUGUCGCUGUAGCCCACAAGUGACCCUCAGGUAAAUGCUGACAGGCAGUCUCUCACCUGGAUAUAGCACAGAGAUCUGUGGGGAGAAAUGCAGCAGCUACAGACCGUACUGUGUUCACCACAGCUGACUUCCCAGCUCCCUCCUGGGAUGAGAUGAUGACUGAAGUAGCUGUCGUCAGUCUUGCUAACGAUUUGUGAGCUGCACGCUCAAAAAGCAGCAGCAUGAGCAUGGCUAAUACCUGCUGUAGCAGCCCUCGUACCUCACUGGGAGAGGUUAGAUUUUGCUGUUUGUCUUUAUGGAAAAGAAUGCUUCACAUCCGGAAAUCCCGGGUGGUACACAUCUAAUGAAAUAAAGGAUGCAUCAUGUUGAAGGGGCACAUGUCCAAAACUGAUCUUGGAAGGGCAGCACUGCAUGAAAACUUCAUUUGUCCAAUACUCUGUAAAAAUUGAUACGGUUCAGCUGAUGGAUGUUCAGUCAGCAAGAGAAAGGCUCGAGGUCCAAAACCCUGAAGGCAGUUGUCCCCAGCUCAUUCUUAGCCUCCUAGAGAGGUAUUUUGUACAGUAUCAGGUGCUGUGAGGGCUGCAUGUGCAGGUCUUGCCAUCCAUGCAGCUGCAUGCCCCCCAGACUUGCAAGGACUGUGCUUUGAGGAAGGAGCAGCUGCUUGCUUAGGCUGCGAGGCCAAGAGAAGACAAAGUUCUAAGCCACAAAUAAACUACUGUUAGCUUGUGAAACAAAACACUACUGUACAGCACAAAAAUAGCAGUGUUUAUAUAAAUAUUUAAAAGUAAAUAGAUUUUGUUAGCGUAAGAUACUUUAAAAACAGUGAAAUUUCGCUUGGUUCUUCCCAGCCAUUUUUCAGUUGACUUUUUUUUCAGUGUUCAUGUUUUGUUGCUUGUGCUUUGUGUGCGCCUUCACUGAGUGCUCCCUGCUGCACCAGCAGGACCUGGCCUCAGGAGAGUGAACGCUGGUGGGACAGCGGCUCUCACUGAAGAACCCCAGCACUAGUUAGAGGUAAUGAAAAGCCUAAUGUUUGAGCAGAUCCCUGAACUGAAUACAGUGCUUCGCAGCUUUACUCUUCCAGAUCACCUGCAUCAGGACUCAGUAUUUUGGUCUGAGUCUUUUUACACAGAUGCUUCAGUGGCAGCAUUCCCUGUCAGGCAGGCAAGACUAAAUAAGGAUGGCUUCCUACAAAAUACUUCUGUGGCAGGUUGGUAAUUGGCACUUAAGAAAGAUAAAUGAAUGUAGCACGGGGUGUUUAGUCCCUCCAACACACCUGGCCAUUAGUGAUUUAGGGGCUUCCCCAGGUUAAAGCUAUAUCCCUCUUACUGUGUUUAAUAAUUACUGAUGAAUUCAUCUUCAGUGAAUUGCAUUUUAUUACAGUGCAUUUAUCCCUCUGGCCUUCACAACGUUCUGUGUUGGGGAGUUCCACAGCUUAGUAACACAUAAAUAUGUAAGAACUUCCUUCUCGUGUAUGUUAACGAGAAGUAUUUUCUUGCUGCUACUCGGAAUCUUUAAAAGAAACCAGCUCUUUAGAGCCAGAAACAUUGUUAAUAGCUUGUUAAUUGUUUACCCUGUUGAGAUUGCUCCAUAUGGAAAACAUGUUUUCCUCACUAGUAAAAUACCUUUCUUGAGAUAUUUUACAAAGGAAAAGAGUUUACACAUGCAGAUGACUGUAAUAUUCCCAUAUAUAAUUGUGUGGGACAUGUUAAAUGAAAUAACAUGUUUAAGUUUUAUGUCACUGGAUUUUACUGUCCUGUUUUACUUUCAGUAUUUUGAUGCUUCUGUUGUAUUUGGUUCUUUAAUUCUGUACAUGACAAUUAAGCGCAAACAGUGAUCUAAGUCUCACAGCCUCACUGUAUGUACACAUUUUGUAGAGAAAUGGGACAUCAGUUGCAUGCCCUUCCUGUCCCCCGAUCCCUCUUGUUAGGGCUGAAUGGCAGAACUAUGCUAUGCUAUUGAGAGCCUUUAAAAAAAAAUCUAUGCAUGCUAUUUUAUAUUCUAAUGUAUUAUUCAUAUCAGUACAUAAGCUUAUGCUUGUCAGUUUUAUCUUGUGUAUAGAACUGAUUACUUUUGACAGUAUUUUUGCACUGUUUCUUUUCUUUCUCUUUUUAUAAAGUUCUAUUCAGCAUUAAUUGACUGCAAUAAUUUUUUUUUACCCUUCACUGCCUUUAUGUAAAUAGUUUCUUAUACGCCUUUUCAAAUAUGAAAGUCUUCCAUCACUAAGGUUUUUUGGUAAGGCUGUCCUUCAUAUUCACAGUAUACAAUAAACCUUUUUUUUUUUUUUCAAGGAAAA